AUGACGUCACACUACCAGUUCAUCAAAGAGACAGUGCUCCCACCCAAUGAUCCAAAAUCACCAUUUUAUCAUAAUCUACCAUCAUUUGAAACUAAACCAAUCGAUGAGUUGGUUGAUUUCUUUAAGUAUUGGAAACUGUUUAUUAAAUCAUUAAUUUAUUAUUUAAAAGAAAUUGCAAUAGUUAAAGAAUAUGAAUCAAAUUUACAUUUUCAAUUAAUUUCAAGUGUUUCAUUUCCUGGUUGUAAAGAUUUACCAAAUAAAAUCAUUCAAGAUAUUCUAACAACACCCUCCGCUAGUAAUACUACUCCUACUAAAGAACUACGUAAGAAUCUAUCCAAUACUAGUUUAAACAAUGAAGAUAGUCUGGAUAGUUCUUCUUCAAUAGCAAUUUCUCCUCCAGUUGGUGCUGGUGCUGAUAAGAGACCACAAUUAUCCAAAUCAAAGUCAGCUACUUCGGCAAUUUUCUUGAAGAAUAUGGCUCAAACUCAUAAGAGAGCUAGUUCAAGUGUAUCUUUAAAACUGGGACUUUCUCCUCCACCUGCAGUGGCCAUGGCAACUUCGGCAUCAAGUAUAAACUUGGUAAACACUACUGAAAUUAAUACCAAUGAUAUUCAACUUCCUACAAAUUUCUUCCCACCGAAUUCAAUGUAUACCAAUCUUCCAGCAUUAUUGUUAAGUCAUCAUCAAGACUCGUUUUUAAAGAAUCAUAAGUUAUAUCGUGACUUGAAUAACAAGUUAAUCCCAAGAUUGGAAACUUUAUUGAAACAAUUAUCAUCGAAAAUCAAAGAAAUAAAGCACUCAUUAACAAAUGAAUCCUUUGCAAAUACAGACUUAUCCAAAGAAAUUUCAAACACUGGACAAAUCCUAACUAAAUAUUGUAAUUCUGUUGAAUUAUAUAACGCCAAGAAUCCAGUUAUGAAGGGAAAACUCAUCGAAGAUGAAGCAAAUGUAGAUGACGAAGAAGCAAUUAAUGUCAUGGGGUUGGAUGAUCCAUUAUUGAUAAAAUUACGUGUGGAUUACCAGAUCAAGAAUCAAUUAUUAAUUGAAAAUUAUAUGUUUGCAUCAUAUAUGAACCUUCAAACGAUUUCACGGGACUUAUUUACGUAUGUUAUAAAAGAAUUAAAUUGGGUAGUGGAUAAGUUUGGUAAAUUACAGUUAAAUCUGGAAUACUAUCAAUUUUUAAAAGAUAAAAUAUCGAAUUCUUCAACUAAUGAUUGGGAAUAUUUCAUUAUGAAUGAUCCAAAUUUCAUCAAUAACAUCAGACCCAAUGAUGUUAAUCCAAAACGAGAAAUAAGGAAUUUCAAAACUAUCACAUUGCCUUAUGCAAAUUCAAUUCAGAAUAAAUGUAUUAGAUUCGGAUUAAUCUACAAAAAAUCAAGAUUAUUAAAGAAUUACACUAGACAUUAUUACGUAUUAUCAUGUAAUUACCUUCAUGAAUUCAAAUGCGAUGAUGAUGAUGUGUUAUCAGCAACUACCAAAAAGUCACAAGAAAAGAUAGGAGGAUUCAUUGGUCCUGAUAUGACUCCAAUCAAUUCCUACAAUUUAAAUGAGUAUUUCAUCAUAUCCAAACAAGAUGCUUCAUCAUCACAUAAAUUCACAUUAGUUAAAACCGAUAAUCCAUUAAAGAAAAUCAAAUUCAAAUGUUUAACCCAAAGCGAGUUCGACCAAUGGUAUGCUGAUCUAACCGAAUUAUUAAAGUUCGGAAAUAAUCACCAUGCAAGAUUUGCAUUCCUCCAGAAACAACAUCAACAACGUCUUCAACCCCAGAAAUCCCCUGCUCCAACUGUAGCAGGAUCUCGCGAUAGUUUGACUGUAAACCAUAAUGAAGAGUCUAAAUUAUUGGGAAUGUUUACACCCCGGAUUCAGACACCAAUAGGAGAACAUCAUGACAUGAACCCAUUCGAACAUUCAUUUGGAACUAGUGAUCUCACACUGAGUCCCGAGACCGGGAAUGUUUCCUCGGGACAUUCGUCCCCAGAAGCUACGUCACAGGAAAAUAAAGACAAUAGUAAUAAUAGUCUAAUUUCUCAACAGCAUCAACAUUAUCUCAAACUUCAACAAGCAUUGUUGAAACAGCAACAUGUCAGUUUUAGAAAUGAUUCAAUCGAUCGUGCUAUUUCCGGGAGUGAGCAGAGAGAAGAAGGAAGAAAUGAAGAGGUGUUGGACACUCCAUUUGUGAGUCCAGGGAGGGUGGGUAAUGAUAUGAGAGGGAAAGACAAUCCAAUGUUUAAUUUAGGAAAUGAUUCUGGAUAUAUGUCCAGUAGUACUCCACCACCUGAUGCUUCUCCUGCCGCUGUUGCUACCGCUGAUUCGCCUGCAGCACAGUCUCAAGUCCCGGUGGUAUUUGUCAGCUCAGACCACUAA